AUGCGCUCCCUCACGCGCUCCCUCACGCGCUCUCACUCGCACUCUCACUCGCACUCGCACUCUCAUGUGCCCUCUUGCGCGCUCUUUGGCACGCUCUCUCGCGCGCUCUCACGCGCUCUCUCACGCGCACCCUCACUCGCUCUCUCGCGCACUCUCAUGCGCUCUCUCACGCGCACCCUCACUCGCUCUCUCGCACUCUCUCAUGCGCUCUCUCACGCGCACUCUCACGCGCUCUCUCACGUGCUCUCUCACGCGCUCUAUCAAGGCGCACUCUUAGGGGCACUCUCAAGCGCUCUCUUUCGCGCUCUUUUUCCCGCACACUCUCACGCACUCUCUCUCGCGCUCUCUCUCGCGCAUUCUCACCACGUUCUCUCUCUCACGCGCUCCCUCACGCGCUCUCUCACGCGCUCUCUCACAAGCGCUUUCACGCACUCUCUCAUGUGCUCUCUCACGCGCUCUCACGCACGCGCUCUCUUGCGCUCUCUCACGCACUCUCUUGCGCUCUCUCACGCGCUCUCUCACACGCUCUCUCACGCGCUCUCUCACGCGCUCUCUCACGCGCACCCUCACGCGCACCCUCACGCGCACCCUCACGCGCACCCUCACGCGCACCCUCACGCGCACCCUCACACGCUCUCUCAUGCGCUCCCUCACGCGCUCUCUCACGCGCCCUCUCACUCGCUCUCUCACACGCUCUCUCACGCGCUCUAUCAAGGCGCACUCUUAGGGGCACUCUCAGGCGCUCUCUUUCGCGCUCUUUUUCCCGCACGCUCACGCGCAUUCUCUCUCUUACGUCCUUUCUCUCGCGCAAUCUCACGCACAUUCUCUCUCUCAAACGCUCUCUCAUGCGCACCCUCACACGCUCCCUCACACGCUCUCUCACGCGCUCUCACACGCGCUCUCUCACGCGCUCUCACACGCGUUCUCUCACCCGCUCUCUCAUGCGCACUCUCACGCGCUCUCUCACGCUCCCUCACGCGCUCCCUCGCGCACUCUCAGGCACACUCUCACGCACUCCGUCUCGCGCUCUCUCUCGCGCACACUCACCACAUUCUCUCUCUCGCGGACUAUCACACGCAUUCUCUCUCUCGCGCUCUCACGCGCACUCACAUGCGCUCCCUCACGCGCUCUCUCAUGCUCACUCUCACGCGCACUUUCACGCACUCUCUCAUGUGCUCUCUCACGCGCUCUCUCACGCGCUCUCAUGCGCCCUCUCGUGCUCUCUCACGCACUCUCUCACGCGCUCUCUCAAGGCGCACUCUCAGGCACACUCUCACGCACUCUCUCUCGCGCUCUCUCUCGCGCAUUCUCACCACGUUCUCUCUCUCACGCGCUCCCUCACGCGCUCUCUCACAAGCGCUUUCACGCACUCUCUCAUGUGCUCUCUCACGCGCUCUCACGCACGCGCUCUCUUGCGCUCUCUCACGCGCUCUCUUGCGCUCGCUCACGCGCUCUCUCACGCGCUCUCUCACGCGCUCUCUCACGCGCACCCUCACGCGCACCCUCACGCGCACCCUCACGCGCACCCUCACGCGCACCCUCACGCGCUCUCUCAUGCGCUCCCUCACGCGCUCUCUCAUGCGCUCCCUCACGCGCUCUCUCACGCGCUCUCUCACGCGCUCUCUCACACGCUCUCUCAUGCGCAUACGCUCUCCCUCGCGCUCCAUCUCUUUCUUCUUCAAAUGA